CUCUGUUAAAGAAGCUCGAGCUACUGCUCGGAUUAACCCCCCAUUAGGCGAGGCAAACACCGCACACUGGAAAAAGAAAUCUCCGACCAAUUCACGCGUUUCCGCACCUGCUAAAAUCGAUGCUUGUAAAUGACAGCUAAAUUAGACUGCGUCCCGAACACAGCGCCAGGUAAGGGCAGUUCCGCGGAAGCUCACUCGGGACGGAGCUCCACAUUCCCAGGCAGUUGAGCAAAACCCAAGCGUUUCAGCCUCGCGGCGCUUUGCGUACCGGAACGCAGCGGAUAAAGCAGUUCCUCUGGAGAUGAGCUCUGUGUAAAUCCCGUCUUGACAUGCCUUACGUGAUCGAAGGACCUCCGGAAACAACUCCGAGAAAUGAUUUAGUGUAAUUAUUUUCAACUUUUUUCUUUUUUUUUCUGAAGUAGUUUUCGGAGAUCAGAAGGAUCUCAGCUCAGGUGCGCGACGGAGCACUGCAUCCCCGCUAAAGCAAGGGACCUUACACACACGCGAGCGCGCGCACACACACACACACACACACACACACGGAGUCAGUACCUAACUAAAGCAAAGGGCACAAUGAGCAGGAAAACGCGCCGCUGGAUUUUUCACAUUUUCCUCUGUCUGGGGAUUAUUUAUCUGAAAAUCGGCGGGUUCUCCUCCGUGGUGGCGCUGGGAGCGAGCAUCAUCUGCAAUAAAAUCCCAGGUCUUGCCCCCCGUCAGCGGACGAUCUGUCAGAGCCGACCGGACGCGAUCAUUGUGAUCGGAGAAGGAGCUCAGAUGGGCAUCAACGAGUGUCAAUUCCAGUUCCGCCAUGGUCGCUGGAACUGCUCUGCUCUCGGAGAGAGGACCGUCUUUGGAAAAGAAUUGAAAGUGGGGAGCAAAGAGGCAGCUUUCACCUAUGCUAUUAUUGCUGCUGGGGUUGCCCAUGCUAUUACUGCCGCCUGCACCCAGGGAACCCUGAAUGGCUGUGGUUGCGAUAAAGAAAAGCAAGGUUUCUACAACCAGGAAGAGGGCUGGAAGUGGGGUGGCUGCUCAGCUGACAUCCGCUAUGGCCUGAGCUUUUCCAAGAUGUUUGUGGAUGCACGGGAAAUAAAACAAAAUGCCAGGACUCUCAUGAACCUCCAUAACAAUGAAGUGGGGCGUAAGAUCCUAGAAAAGAACAUGCGCUUAGAGUGCAAGUGUCAUGGAGUUUCUGGCUCAUGUACAACCAAGACUUGCUGGACAACACUUCCCAAGUUCCGUCAGCUUGGCUACAUCCUCAAGGAUAAGUACUAUCAAGCCGUGCACGUGGAGCCGGUUCGAGCUAGCCGAAAUAAACAACCCACAUUCCUGAAGAUCAAAAAGCCCUAUUCGUACCGCAAGCCUAUGGACACUGACUUGGUGUACAUUGAGAAGUCGCCCAAUUACUGUGAGCCAGACCCAGUGACAGGCAGUGUGGGCACUCAGGGCAGGAUCUGCAAUAAAACAGCACUGCAGGCCAACAGCUGCGACUUGAUGUGCUGUGGACGAGGCUAUAAUACACACCAAUACUCACGUGUAUGGCAAUGCAACUGCAAGUUCCUGUGGUGCUGUUAUGUCAAAUGCAACACAUGCAGUGAAAGGACAGAGGUAUACACAUGCAAAUAAAACAUUGCUUAUUUAUCUGUAUGUAACAGAGGGCAUGUGAACAUGAAUUACUAAACGUCUAUGAAUACCUCUAAUUGCAGUUAGAGGCUUCCUGUGUAGGGUGAUAUGGAUCCAGAGUAUUUAGAAUGGAUAAACUUUGGAACAAGGGGCUCCAAGGGGUCUCUAUGGUCAACAUGAUCAUAUUAUUCACCUGGAGGAGAGGAUGUGUGGGUGACUUAUUCCGCUUUGUUUCAAAGCUCAGUGGAAUGAUUUGAUGGUUGGUACCAGUGGAUGCCUAGAGCUUUCUAAACAGUGGAGUAAAAUGCUCCUGAAGCCCAGGAUAGAAGGAAUAUAUGAAUGGUGUCUUUGACUAUUCUGUUCUACAGGUUGGAAAAACUGGAAAAAACUUUUCAGUGAGCUUACAUUAAACUGGAUUUUUGAUUUUGCUGGACAUCAUGAAAGCAUACUGUAUACGGACAUGAUAAGAAUGAUAUUUAACAUUUUAUUUAGAGAAAGAAAAGCUAAUAUUAAUUUAUUUAAUAAUAAAACUACUGAUUUUCAUGUGAUUUUUAUGUCUUUUUUUUUACUGUGUAACAAUGUGUUACUGUGGUAGAAGCAACUUAACCAGCUUUUACACUUUGAUCCCACUUUGUUCUCAACUGUCAUUUUUUACAGUACCCAAUGUGAGCAUCAUGUUGCUAGUGAUAUUACCUGUGCUAAAAUAUUUGUAUGUUUAUAGUACAAUUCCAUUCAAUACAUUCCAUAUACUGUA